AUGAAUUUUCAAGAUCCAAAACAAUAUGAAGAAGAAUUUGUAAACAAAGUUUAUGAUCAAAUAGCUCCACAUUUCAGUCAUACGCGCUUCUGCCCUUGGCCUAGCGUUCAAAAUUGGGUAAAUUCUUUGGAGCCAUAUUCUGUUAUUCUUGAUAUUGGAUGUGGAAACGGUAGAAAUCUGGGAAUCAAUAAAUCAAUAUACAAUAUUGGAACUGAUUAUUCAUUUGCACUUUGCAAGAUCGCAAAAUCAAGAAAUUUUCAAAUUUUUCGGGCAGAUGGACUUAAAAUCCCUCUUCGGUCAGGUGUGUUCGAUCAUAUAAUACAAAUCGCUGUUAUACAUCAUUUUGCUACAGAAAACAGAAGAAUUCAAUGUCUAAAAGAAAUAGCUAGACUCCUUAAAAUUAAUGGAACUGCGUAUGUUACAGCUUGGUCAACAAAACAACUCAAAAAAACAUAUACUGAACAAGAUCAAUUAGUUCCCUGGCACGUUAGAAAGGAUUUUGAUAAAAAUGAACCGGAAUUUGAACGCUUUUAUCAUUUAUUUGUUAAAGGUGAGUUUGCAAUUCUUAUCUCUCAAAUUCCAGAACUAGAAUUAAUUUCUGAAAAAUGGGUAGGUGGAAACUGGGAAGUUGAAUUGAAGCGAAUAUAA